CCUGCCUCUUUUAGCUUGACUCAAAAUGCUGCAUUUUCAUGUGUGGGUCUGAAGCGGAGAGCAAGGGUGUUUUUUUGACAGCUGUAUUACUGCUGAUAAGCAAGACUCUGCGAGAUGAUCAAGUACUGAGACACGCAUCCAGAACAGCAGCACAGCAGCACUAUUCACUACGAGCAGUGGCAGUCAGUAGCAGCAGCAGGAGCAGUGGCAGCACUAACAGCAGCAGCAGCAACAGCAACUCUCUCGUGCCUUUUUCUUCUUCUUUGUGGAGUUGUAAUCUGUUCUGAGGACAACAGCCGGAGAAGACGGGACAAGUGGAUCAGGGCUGACAGCUGUCAUCAAAACAACCCCAAACGCAGAGCUGGCUGCCCACAUGCCGAUCGAAUUUGUUUGCAAAAUCAAAUUUGCAGAGGAGGAUGAGAAGCAGAAAGGCAAGCAGGAUGGGGACAAGGAGAGCCUGAUUGAGGAGAGCUGCUCACCUCCAGCUAAGGACCUGGUCGGCUUCGCCAACUCCAGCUCUCUCCACGGGAUUAACCACAUCUUUGUCUCGGGGCGCCUGGGCAUUCGGCAGACCCUCUGGGCACUUGCCUUUUUGGCUUCUCUGGCACUCUUUCUGUACCAGGCGGCAAAGUGUGCCAUCUCUUACCUGGAGCACCCUCACGUCACCGCUCUGAAUGAGGAAGCGAGCCCUGAGAUGGUCUUUCCCGCUGUGACCAUCUGCAACAUCAACCGCUUCCGCUUCUCCGCUCUCACCGACGCCGACAUCUACCACCUGGCUAACCUCACAGGUCUACCACCAAAAAACCGGGAUGGCCACAAACCCACCGAUUUGGACUAUCCUGCGCCGGACAUGCAGGACAUCUUCAACCGGACAGGACAUCAGCUGGACGAGAUGCUGAAGAGCUGCAACUUCAGUGGACAGAACUGCUCUGCUGAGGACUUCUCUGUGGUCUACACCAGAUACGGAAAAUGUUACACUUUCAACGGGAACAAGUCGACGUCCAGGAAGACCAAGCAAGGUGGAAUGGGAAAUGGCCUGGAGAUUAUGUUGGAUAUUCAACAGGACGAGUAUCUCCCCAUCUGGAAAGAGACAAAUGAGACGUCGUUAGAGGCAGGGAUCCGCGUGCAGAUCCACAGCCAGGAUGAGCCUCCCUACAUUCACCAGCUGGGCUUCGGAGUCUCCCCGGGAUUCCAGACCUUUGUUUCAUGUCAGGAACAAAGGCUGACCUACCUGCCCCAGCCCUGGGGGAACUGCCGCUCCACCAGCGACCAGAUGAUCCCGGGAUACGACACCUACAGCAUCAGUGCCUGCCGCCUGCGCUGCGAGACCAGGGAGGUGCUCCGGGAGUGCAACUGCAGGAUGGUGCACAUGCCCGGAACUGCCGAUAUCUGCACUCCCAGUAACAUCAAGUGUGUUGACAAGGCGCUUGCCCUUCUCCAGAAGAGCACUGGGGACACCUGUCCCUGUGAGACACCAUGCAACCUGACCCGCUACGGCAAGGAACUCUCCAUGGUCAAGAUCCCCAGCAAGGGCUCCGCUCGCUACCUGUCCAGGAAGUACGACAAGUCUGAGGAGUAUAUCAGAGACAACUUUCUGGUGCUGGACAUCUUCUUCGAGGCUCUUAACUACGAAACAAUUGAACAAAAAAAAGCGUACGAUGUUGCAGGUUUACUAGGUGACAUUGGAGGCCAGAUGGGCUUGUUCAUUGGAGCCAGUAUUUUGACAAUCUUAGAAAUUUUGGAUUAUGUUUACGAGGUGAUCAAGCACAGGCUGCAGCGUCUGCUGAGGCCACAGAAGGAUGAGAAGAAACAACAGACGACCACGGUUGCAACUGUGGAUCUGCAAGAUAUGAAAGCCAGUAAGGAUUACAUCCCCCCAGAGGCAACUCCAAUUCCCAGGUCCCUCUCUCAUGAGGAACAAAAUUACUUCUCGAGUUCAUAUAAAAUCAUCCAAAAUCAUCCAUUUUCCCUAGAUGUAAAAAAAUCAUCUACAUGAAAUAUCUACCAUUACAUCAAAGGAGUCCAGUGAUAUGACCAUGACCAGAAGUCAUCCUGAAGGAGCUUACGCCAAUACGAUUCUACCGAACCACCAUCUCCCCCAUCACCAAGGACAGCCACAUGGAGUGUUUGAGGACUUUGCCUGCUAGAGCCGGCGGCCAUCUUUCCAUCCUGAUGACAACAAAAGUUGUGUCCUCUCUGGGCUGGAUCGGGCAUCAAAACAGACCCUGGGACCUCAGUUCUAUACCUUUCUUGCUGUCACCAGUGAAAAAGCUACAGCCAAAGUUGAACACCAAACCUGUGCUGCAAACAGACCACUUGUAUGUAAGCACAGAUUGGACCCCACAUUACUGUCCAGCUGGAGACGCCCACCUUCAAUCUUCCUACAAUUGACAGCUGGCCACUCUGCGAUUUCUAUACUGGUUAUUUUGGUACAUGGUCACCACAUGGGAACAAGACAAGGACUGCAUGUCAUUUUGAGCCAUCUUGAUUCAUUUCUACUCAACUCCAGUAUCUUGAUUUGUGUACCUUUCUUAAUUUGUUAUUAUUAUUCUCAAUAAGUUCUCACUCAGCUCACUGUUUUUGAAUCAUUGUAAAAUAUGUCAUUAUUUGAUGAGAUAUCAUUUCCCCUUUAUGUUGUAUACAAGAUGAGUAUAAGACAGUCGGUCAUAUUCAAUCGAACCAUUAUACAGAGAUAUCAAACAAAAUCAGAGGAAUUACAUUGAUAUUUUGGCGUGUUAAAACCAUACUAUCCUCGCUUUGAUGAUAGGGCCCAUACUGCGUACCAGCUAUACACUAUUUAGUAUUUAUUAGGAUCCCCAUUAGCUGCUGCCAAGGUAGCAGCUACUCUUCCUGUGGUCCAAGCAGGGUUAAAACAAUUACAUCACAACCAAACACAACAGCUGAAAUCAUAAAUAAAACAACGCAUCAUACAAUA